UAUUUUAUCGUUCAGUUUGAAUCGAGUUUCCCUACGGUGAUGUGCUAAGUAGUUCGAGACAGAGCGUUUCUAGCGUUAAACGGUUAAAAGGUUUUUGGCCUACGAUCGCGGAGUUACUGGAGUUCUACGAGACCAUCAUCGUAUCGCCAUCCCACCGACUUGUUUUUUGCGCCUCUAGGAAGGUGCACUUUCUGGGACCCGGAAAGGCUGACACCGCCUGACUCUUAGCAGGAUUGACCAGAAAGAUUGCAGAUUGGCCCCGAUCCCAUCAUAUGCUCUUUCAUCUUUCAACCAUAUUAAGUAUUGCUUGACAGGCUGAGUGGGCAUUCAAUCACGAGCGAAUGGCAUUUGCAGUUUUCCUUGCUCUGUGAAAUUAGUAGCACAGUGUCGAAAGGUGCGAAAAACAAGUCAAAAAAGUGUACCUCUGACCGCAGAGACGUUUCGAGGAAAGUGAGGUUGACACAGACGAUCUGGAUUCAAGUUUGAAGACUUGGACACAGGUGGGACGCGAUAGGAAGCAAUAAAACUCCAAUCAAGAUCUGCAGCACACAUACGGAAGCCUCCAAAGGCAGGCAAACGAACACGAACAUCUCUCGACCAGGAUCCAGCCAAUAUUUGGGGCGUGAGCGGACAGCGGACAGUUGCAUUCUUCAAACGAAAAGAAAUCACGGAAGAAACCAAACCAAAACUUCGUCGCCCAAUCGACGGGCCCAGCUGAAAGCCUUCGCAUUUGGUUUGACCACUCUCUAGCGAAAGGCUGCAGUGACCCGUUUCUGUUACGCCGUUUGGCAGCCCUCUAAGUCCAACAAUUGACCGGGAACUUCGACUCUUCAGUGCUGCAGAAUCUUUGACCGAACCGUAGGCUAAACAUUAUUUAACGUUCGAGACAACAUUAACGCCAACAAUAGCAUUGGCUACAUAACAUCAUCAUCAACAACAACAGCAACACCGUUUUUAACAAAACAAUAGCAGACACAUUCAACAACUUCUGCUACAAACUAGUGAAUCGAAUUCAAGAAAAUAAGAAGAAUAACCAAACAGUAAGAAGCAAAGGCAAAACACGUGAAGGUAAUCAUAACGUGAGAUAACCAGCAGCAAGGCCGAAGAAAACGAGUGAAAUUGUAAAUAAGCGGAAAAAAUAUGAAAGGAAAGUGAAUUGAAUUUUGAUUCCAUUCGAGUUUUGCCGCCCUUCUUCUGCUGCUGGGCACUGACGAGGAGUGGAAGAAAGAUAGCAACAACAAAAAAGUGUGAGUGAGUGAGUAAGUAAUCGAAUGCGAGCAAGUUGAGUACUUGAAAAAAGUGUCUAAACGGAAAAUAACGAAAAGAAGUUAAUGCACCUUCCUCUGUCACGAAGUUCGCGUAAUCUGGCAAAAGUAGCCGAAUCCGUAUAAGUGUGAAGCCAGAGAAGAACCAGUGAAAAAAGUUUUUAAAAUUAAGAAUAACUAGCAUUAAAUCGUGGAGCUGAGCAUCAUGAUCCACCUUUAAAGCAGCCGGCAUUCAAUAAUGAUAAAGAGUGAGUCCAUCAGUGUAAGAAAAAGAGCGAACCAAGCUCUGAAAUCUCAUUGAUGAAGUGUCCGGGAGUCAUAUCUCAACGGAAUCAAUCGGAUUGUCAAAAGCGAGUCUCCAAAGUGCUGCUCUCCAUCCGGAAGCAACCAACAAAUUCAACAGCUUCCCUUAUGAAGUAAGAUGUUAGGUCCCACCAAAUGGAGACUCCUCACGAUAGUCGCCGGAAUACUACUUGCACAUGCCAUUGAGUCACCAAACAGCGGAAAGAGCAACAAGCUCAAAGGCUCAGUCCGUACGUUUUCCAAUUCAGAUCUUGGACUGCGGAUAGAAUCUUUGGAGCCCUGGGGCACACGAACGAUCACUUCCCGGAACCUGCUAGUUCCUCAUCAAACCUUCUCGAAUGUAGACAAUAUACGAUACAUAGAUAGUCGAUCAGCCAAUAGCCGCUUGUUGCGCAACACUUUCGGUGCAUUUAGAUUUGCUGAACCCCAGCCAUACCCAGGGCCUCUACAGCCUCAAAACAUUCCACAACGGCAGGCAAAAUCCAUCCCGAAUCGACGCUCUGAUGAUGAUGCACAUCACCUUGGCCUGAGAAUAGUGGCUCAACCGGAACAGAGUACUUCAGCGUCUAUUCCUGAAGAACUUCCAACUCCGGCUACACUUUUCGCAGAAGAACAUUUCUACGAACUUAAAAAUGUCACUCAAGGACAGCAGUUUCGCUACAAAAUCAUUCCCAUCAAUUAUUUCUAUCAAGAACCUAAGCCCAACUAUCCCUUAACUCCCAUUCACAACAAUCUUCCUCCAAAAACAACUCAAAAUGACGAGCCUCAAGAUGUUGUUUUCCCUUCGGAAAGCUCGGACUACAAUUCAAGUCUCGAGAGUAACGACACACAAACGUCUGAAUCUGGCACUCCCAGUGCUCGUCGCUCAGGAAUUCAAUUUCCACCGGGACCUUACAAACCGGCUAGCACAUUCACGCCUCAAGCUUACAGCGAAGAAAGUUUCGCCUUCACAGACAGUUUAGGCGUGCACCAAAGACCAUUCAAUACAGCAGAAGAAGCAGAAUCCAGUGAACCGUACGACACUCGACAACAGCGAACAUCUCCGACUGCUGAUCCAGAACAUGGCGAAAUAUCCCGGAAUAUGUACGCAAAUCGGUUCUUCCGUAGUUUUCCGCAGCAACAACCACAAGCUUCUCCGUUAGAUUUGCGGCCAGCUGAAUCGCUGUUACGUCCAAAUCGUGUCGAGUUCCCCGGUCUGGUGAACAUCAAACAACCGACUCGGGAUGAGGUCACCAAGUUCGGAGACGUCAAUGGACCGGUAACAGCCGUUCAGCGGCCCUACAUCGACUAUGGUGAUGGAAAACGGUACCGGGCCUACGAUCCGAACUACUUCGUAGACAGUCCGUAUCAACCGAACAGGAGUCCUUACUUUCCGGCAAAACUUUUCGCGGAAUCUAGCCAAAAGAUCUACCAACCAUGGAAAACCCGGACACCAAGAGUGGUGUUCCCGCAGGGUGAUUUCAGCAGUCCAUCGGGAUUCGGAAUCGAUAAUGUUGUUUUCAGGGACCAGAAUUUCGGCCUCAACGAGCUGGCCGCGAUCCAGGAUGUGCGGAACGAGUUCGCCCAGGAUGACAUCAGUGACGAAAUUUCUUCCACCAGCAAAGAUCGAGCCGCCCAGUCCGUGUACAGACCGUUCCAAACCCCACAAAAACCCAAAUAUCCCAAGUCCCUACCGAAAGCACCUCACCCACCACAAAAACUAGUACAACAACAUCAACUACAACAACAACAAAGUCUUCAACUACUACCAUCGCACAAAAAGCCUCUCGGGGCGGAAACGGCCCUGGCCAUCCGGCAGCCCAAUCGACUAGUCGAGGGUGGCCCGGGGGGUCCAGGAGUCUUCCAGGGUCCAAUGUCUGGGGUCAAACCUUCGACGACGUCCCUUCGUUCCAAACCAAUCUCACACAAUCGAACUCGUACUCCAGUUGGUGGUGAUGGUGCAGGAGUUGCUGGAGGAGGAGGAGCAGGAGGACAUCCGAUUCGACCGGAACAUCCGCCGGUGGGUGCCCAGAUCAUUCGAGGGGGCGUUCGGUCCGAGAUGCAGUGUCAACACGAGGGCGGAACCUGCGAGUUCUUCCUGCUGUGCUGGAUGUCCGGGGGGCUGCUGCACGGAUCCUGCGGAGGUCUACUGAAGGGAUGCUGCCAUCGGACGGCCAAAUCGGCCAACAUCGGCAUCGACACCGGCAACACGAUCGAUCUAACAAAUCUUCCAAAUAACGAAUACGGUCCCAUUCAAAACGAUCCUAGCUGUGGCAUCUCGCUGGCAAAGCAGACGGCUCAGCGGCGGAUUGUGGGCGGUGACGAUGCCGGAUUCGGUUCGUUCCCCUGGCAAGCCUAUAUUCGAAUAGGCUCAUCGAGAUCUAUGCUUUCCAGAUGCGGGGGUUCGCUGGUAUCGCGGCGCCACGUGGUCACGGCGGGUCAUUGCGUGGCCCGGGCCACCCCGAGGCAGGUGCACGUGACCCUCGGGGAUUACGUGAUCAACUCGGCCGUCGAACCGCUGCCGGCCUACACCUUCGGGGUGCGCUCGAUCAACGUGCAUCCGUACUUCAAGUUCACCCCCCAGGCAGAUCGAUUCGACGUCGCUGUGCUGACGCUGGAGCGAACCGUGCACUUUAUGCCGCACAUUGCACCCAUCUGUCUACCGGAGAAGAACGAAGAUUUUCUAGGCAAGUUUGGCUGGGCGGCCGGAUGGGGUGCCCUGAAUCCGGGUUCCAGGUUAAGACCCAAGACGCUACAGGCGGUCGAUGUUCCAGUGCUGGACAACAGAGUUUGUGAACGGUGGCAUCGUUCCAACGGGAUCAAUGUGGUCAUCUAUCCAGAGAUGCUGUGUGCCGGCUAUCGAGGCGGCGGGAAGGAUUCCUGCCAGGGCGAUUCCGGUGGGCCGCUCAUGCACGAGAAGACCGGACGAUGGUUUUUGAUAGGUAUCGUGUCGGCGGGUUACUCUUGUGCCACGCGGGGUCAGCCUGGAAUCUACCAUCGCGUCGCCCACACCGUGGACUGGAUUUCACACAUCGUUCAGGCCAAUCCCUAAAUAGCUCUAAGAGUUUUCUCUUGAACUAGUGCUUAGCGCGUUUGUAAGCUGUAUGAACAGCCGAAAACAACAAAAUGGCAGCGAAAUAAAUGAACGAUGCCACACAAACCAAUAGCAGCUAUUCGUCGAAAUGGCAAAGGACAAAUGAAAAUGAUUGAAAAUAGAAUGAGGGAAAACACAACGGAGCGAUCACUAAGUCAUAAUGUUUUUAAACCAAGAAAACUAAGAAUUUCAUUCGCUCAGCUGAGACAGCUUGUAGGAUUUAAAACAGUUAACGUUUUGCUAGUUUUAUCCUUUUCCGCAAUCUCAAACAGGGUGUCGCAAAUAACUAAAAGUUGCGAGCGGAAAAGAUAAAAUUACGGAAUCGAGCAGCAAACACGUAUUUAUGUAUUUAUUACUUCUGAUGUAAAAAGUGAACGCUUGGACGUUAUUUUUAAAAAGGAAAUUCAAACGAUGAUUGCUAAAAUCCAUUCCGCUGAUUGUGUUAAUAUAUUUUUAAUGAAAAUUUAGCCUCCUUGAAGGGAUUUCCGGUUCCCUGUUGAUAAAAUAUCAAGAAAAACGCCCUCAUCUCAAGCGUAAUCUACUAAAUACCUGAUUGUGAUAUAUGUACGAGAACUAUACUAGGAGACUUGUGGGUGAUAGCGAAUGGCACGUUAGGGAACGUAAUUCUGCUGUUAAGAUGCAUCGAUAGAAGCAACACUGUAUAAAUAGGAUCAAGGUUUAUCGUAUAAGAUUGUUGAAAGUCGCCCACCAAAUCAGUGUGAAUGUAAAAACAAAAUUAAACAAAAAGAGUAAAAGACACUAAUAACAUGUUUCUGUGAAACUGUUCUAUUAGUAGCAAGUCUGUACGUAAUAAUGUAACACUACAACUUUAACAAUUACUCUACAAUUUUCUACAUUUAAAAAAAGAUAAUAUGGAAAAAAAAUUAGAAUACUAGAAUUCACAAACUAGCGAACACGAGCAGGCCAUCGUCGAAUUUCGAGCGCACGGUUCGAGCCAACUAAUAGGGAUCUUCACUUGGAGCUUUUGUGUUAUUUUUUAUGUAAAUACGUCAAUCCUAUCCUCAACUCUAAAGAAAAUCUUUCCUCUGUGGUAGUUCUAGUGAGCUUAGGUGACUCUUAAGUAAGUGCAAGUUUUUUAAAAUACAAAAAAAAACAGAAGAAAAAAUGAUAAGCGAAAUAGAAAGCGCAACAAAACGUUGCGCCAUCCAGCGAAAUGUGCUUCAAAGUAGGGUGAUCAGUCAAUCACAAAAUGACGCAUCGAAACAACCGAUUGUUACCAUCACGAGAACUGUAUGUAUUUUGUAAUAAAUAGAGAUGAUAUUUUAUGCUACCGAAA